AUGAACACGCACGCGUGGUAUCAACAAAAGAUAACAACCUCGCACGUGCCAUGGAAUCACCACAGCCGCCGCCGUCCGCAACUACUACCUUAUCUUUCACAGCCACCACCACCACUGAAUUUAUCGACCAAAUGGCACUUUAAAUGUGUAGCUGCAAUUAGCAAACAAGCCCAACGUUUCUUCUCCGCAGUGGUGCCCUCCCUUGUCACAGGAGAUACUUCAGCUUCUAACCGUUUGAUAAAGAAAUUUGUGGCAUCAUCACCGAAAUCAAUUACUCUCGAUGCACUCUCUCAUCUUCUCUCUCCUGACUCCACUCACCCUCUCCUCUCCUCUCUCACUCUUCCACUCUAUUUAAAGAUAAGUGAAGCAUCGUGGUUUAGUUGGAAUGCUAAGUUAGUUGCACAAGUUAUUGUCUUGCUAGAUAAACAAGGCCUAGACAAAGAAUUAGAAGCUUUGAUGUCUGAAACAGUUUCAAAAUUACAGUUUAAAGAGAGGGAGCUUGUUCUUUUUUAUUGCAAUUUGAUUGAGUUUAACUCAAAACACAGCUGCAGUCGUGGGUUUGAUGAUUCUUAUGCUCGUUUGAAUCAGCUUGUUUGUGAUUCUAUUUCCGUUUAUGUAAAAAAACAAGGUUAUAAAGCUAUGAUUAGUGGGUUAUGUGAAAUGGGUAGGGCUAGAGAGGCUGAGGAUUUGAUAGGAGAGAUGAGAGGGAAAGGAAUAAAGCCAACAUUGUUUGAAUUUAGGUGUGUUUUAUAUGGGUAUGGAAGAUUAGGAUUGCUUAAAGAUAUGGAGAGGAUUCUUGAUGAAAUGGAAAGUGGAGGGAUUGAAGUUGAUACGGUCUGUGUAAAUAUGAUUCUUGCAUCUUAUGGAGCUCACAAUGCACUUCCUGAAAUGGGUUUGUGGCUGCAAAAGAUGAAAACUUUGGGCAUUCCCUUAUCAAUAAGGACUUGCAAUUCGGUUCUGAAUUCAUGUCCUAGGAUCAUGGCAUUGAUGAGAAACUUGGAUGCUUGUUAUCCAGUUUCGAUUCAAGAAUUGUUGAAGAUUUUGAGUGAGGACGAGGCAGUUUUAGUUAAAGAAUUGGUUGAAUCAUCAGUUUUGAAUGAGACAAUCAAGUGGGAUGCUUUAGAUGGGAAGUUGGAUUUACAUGGAAUGCACUUAGGUUCAGCGUAUGUGAUACUGUUGCAAUGGAUGGAGGAGACGAGGAAUAGAUUGAGUACCGGAGAGCAUGUGAUUCCAGCAGAGAUUACAGUGGUUUGUGGAUCAGGAAAUCAUAGCAGUGUUAGAGGGGAAUCUCCAAUUAAAUCUAUGGUUACAGAGAUAAUGGCUCAAACGAGAAGUCCAAUGAGAAUCGAUAGGAAGAACAUUGGUUGUUUUGUUGCUAAAGGAAAAGCUGUCAAGGAAUGGUUGGCUAUGUUAAAUGAUGGAUGA